AUGGCGGCCCACGCCCUCCUCAUCACCUCAGACCUCCACCAAAACAACUACGCCCUCUCCAAACUCCUCGCUCCCCUCUCCUCCCUCCACCUAAACUACGCGACCUCUCUCUUCCUCCGCAUCCAAAAUCCCAACGCUUUCCUCUCCAACACCAUCAUCCGAGCCCGCGCCAAUGGCCCUGACCCCCGCUCCGCCCUCUCGCUCUUUGCCCACUCGCCUCACCAUGAUGCCCACGCCUUUGCUUUCGCUCUCAUCGCCUGCGCUAACUCAACCUCACUUUGGGAAGGCCGGCAAUUGCAUUCACAAGUAACGCGCAAUGGCAUGGCGUGCGGAGACUGCUUCUUGCGCUCCAACCUCGUGCGGCUUUACGUCCAGUGUGGACGCUUAGCUGAUGCUCGGCUCGUCUUUGAUGAGACGCCUGGUUGUGUUCGAGACAAUGUGAUUUGGCAUGCGAUUAUACAUGGGUAUGUGAGGGAGGGCCGUUGUACCGAUGCAUUUGCUCUGUUUAAUGACAUGCAAAUUGAGGGUGUGGGAGUCGACAGGUUUGUGGCCACGACGAUGCUUACUGCGUGCGCGCAUGUGGGGGCGCUGAGGCAGGGGCGGUGGGUUCACGAGCUCUUGAGCAGUGGGGUCGAGGUUGAUGACUAUGUGGGCACGGCACUCGUAGAUAUGUAUGCAAAGUGUGGGUGUAUAGAGAGAGCAGUUAAAGUGUUUGAUGAAAUGCCUGAGAAAAAUGUGCACUCAUGGACUGCAAUGAUCGUGGGGCUUGCCAUGCACGGCAUGGCAGCACAUGCUUUACGAUGCUUUGACAAAAUGCAGGCCCUCCGCAUCCGGCCCGACCCUGUUACACUCUUAGGAGUUUUAACAGCUUGCAGCCAUGGGGGAAUGGUAGAAGAAGGGCUUUCUCUCUUCUCAAGUAUGGUGAACAAAUAUAACAUAGAACCCGAGCACCCACACUAUGGGUGCAUAGUUGACAUGCUUUGUAGGGCUGGGAGGUUAAAUGAGGCGUUCGAUUUUGUCAAAGCCAUGCCUAUAAGGCCUCGGGCCUCAGUUUGGGGCGCUCUGUUGAGUGCAUGCAAGGCUAAGGGCGAGGUGGGGUUAGCCGAGCGUGCAGUGGAAGAGCUAGCGGGCUUUGAGCAAUGCAUGGAUGGAGCUUACACUGAAUUAGCGAAUUUGUAUGCGUGUGUCGGGCGAAGGGGCGAUGCGAAAGGGGUGAGAGAGGUGAUGGGGAGUGAGAGGGUGAGGAAGACCCCCGGUUGCAGCGUGAUAGAGGUAGGUGGUGAGGUUAGUGAGUUUGUAGCAGGGGAUGAAGUGCACCCCUUAAUGGCUCAGAUACGUGAGGUCUUGGCUGUUUUGAACUGGCAUAUGAUUAAGGUGGAUGAGAAAAUUUUAAAAGUAUAA